GCACGUCAUGUGACAUUAUUUGACAACAUGUUAGCGUCCAGCCUCCGCUUUGAGGAAUAGCUCCAUAACCGGACCUGGUUUUAAAUAUAUCCGUGUCCCUAACCGCGUCUUGCCGCCCGGCGCCCCUCGUCCCCCUCCCCCCCCCCCCCCCCGCGGGUCGACCUGUCCACCUCCGGGAUGUCCGCAUCCGUCAAGAAGAAACACGUCCGCUUCGCCAGCAUGGAGGAGGAAGGAGAUAACGACGAGCAGGAGGAAGACACCGUGUUCGACCAGAUGAGCGACUCCCGGAGCGGACUGAAGAGCGUCCUUAAAGCCGCGUCCAGGGCUCCUAAGCCCGGCUCGGAGCGGGUCCGGGUCGCGUCGGGUUCCGAGGGCUGCAGGAGGUGGUCCGUCACGCUGGCGCUGUGCGCCUCCUUCCUGGGACUGGGCAUGAGUAUCUCGGUCCUGGGCCCGACCUUCCAGGACUUGGCCGACAACUUGAACCGCAACAUCAGCAACAUCUCCUUCGUGUUCGUGGGUCGCUCGGCUGGAUACAUCGGAGGCUCUCUGAUCGGAGGGGUGCUCUUCGACUGCAUGAACCCCCACCUGCUCCUGGGGUUCUCUCUGCUCGUGACGGCAGCAGGUAUGUGUGCCAUCCCCUUCUGCAAGAUGGCGGCCGUCCUCACCUGCCUCAUGUCCAGCAUCGGGGUAUCCAUGGGCAUCCUGGACACUGGUGGUAACGUGCUGGUGCUGCAGACCUGGGGCGCCGGGGCCGGCCCGCACCUGCAGGCGCUUCACUUCAGCUUCGCCGCCGGGGCCUUCAUCUCCCCCGUCCUCGCCAAGCUGCUGAUCGUGGCCGACGCCCCCUCGCCCUCGGCCACGCCCCUGACCCCGCCCCCCAACGCCAACGCCAGCGCCGCCUUGGCUCCCGUUGCCACGGCGCCCUUCUCCCAUCCCGUCAUGCACUCCAUGAGCUCCAUGUGGGCGUACGUCAUCAUCGGCUGCUUCGUCCUCCUCACCUCCCUCCUCUUCCUCCUGCUCCUCCUCUGCGGGGGGGGGCGGGCCGGCGCCCCGGCCUCCCCCGGCGGGACCCCCGCCUCCCGGGGGCCGGCCCGCCACCACACGGCCCUCAUCGUCAUGCUGUCCUUCUUCUUCUUCUGGUACGUGGGCGCCGAGGUGGCCUACGGCUCCUUCAUCUUCACCUACGCCAAGGACUACGUGGGCAUGGCGCCGCGGGCGGCCGCCGGCCUCAACUCCCUGUUCUGGGGGUCUUUCGCCGCCUGCCGGGGGCUGGCCGUGCUGCUGGCCGCCCGCCUUCCCCCGGGGGCUCUGAUCCUGGCCAGCCUGGGCGGCAGCACGCUGUCCUCCCUGCUGCUCUGCCUGUUCAGCCGCAGCCAGCCCGUGCUGUGGGCCUGCUCCGCCUGCUACGGCGCCGCCAUGGCCACCACCUUCCCCAGCGGCGUGGCGUGGGUGGAGCAGUACACGGUGGUGUCGGGCCGCGCGGCCGCGGGCUUCGUGGUGGGCGCCGCGCUGGGCGAGAUGGUGCUGCCCGCCGCCCUGGGGCUGCUGCUGGAGCGCUCGGCGGACACGCCCCUCCUCAUGUACCUCGCGCUGCUGGCCGCCGCCGUCACCUCCACGCUGUUCCCCGUCAUGUACAAGCUGGCCACCGCUCCCGCCGCGCCGGGGGGGAAACCCCGCGGCGGCGGCCGGCGGCGCCACGACGCCCAGGACCGCGAGGACCGCCAGGCGCUGCUGGACUCCGCCCCCAACGAGGAAGAGGAGGAGGAAGAGGAGGAGGGGACGGAGGCGGACCAGUGGAACGACGCAGACUUUGAGGUCAUCGAGAUGGACGACGCCCCUAGCCUCGUUACCUCGCCCGCCGCCGCCAAUACCUCGCCGCCCCCCCACAUGGCCAAGUCUCCGCCCCCGGUCGCCAAGGCGACCCCGCCCCCGGGCGCCGCGUCCUACUCGGACGCGGUGCCGCUGCUCCCGGACUCGUCCCCGCGCCGCCUGAAGCUGCCCUCCCCCGCCCGCGAGAAGAGGGACUAGACCCGCCCCCCGCACCGCCCGGAGAACACAGCCACUUCCUGUUUACCGGACGACGACGUCACUUCCUGUUUAUCGGUCAUGUCCCAGGACCAGGACCAGACCUAGAAGACCAGGACCAGGACCCCCACCACCAGGACCAGACCUCAAGCACCUCGCCCACGGUGGUCCUGACCUGAAGACCAGGACCAGGACCGAGGCCUGACCUGAAGACCAGGACCAAGUCCUGACCCAGAAGACCAGGACCAAGUCCUGACCCAGAAGACCAGGACCAAGUCCUGACCCAGAAGACCAGGACCAAGUCCUGACCCAGAAGACCAGGACCAAGUCCUGACCCAGAAGACCAGGACCAAGUCCUGACCUAGAAGACCAGACCUUGAGCACCUACCUCUCCUACUGGUCCAGGUCUUCAGGUCCCUUCCCAGAGGAUCCGGACCCCAGCAGGUCCAGGAGGACCACACCGCCCCCCAAGCCUGUGUGUGAUGGUUGAGUUUAUUUAUUAGAAGCAGAAUGUUUCCAAUGUGUUAACUGUAAAGUACUGUGAUCAUAUCGGCAUAGUUCAGUGUCUUAGUUUCGGAGGACUUAAUUCCCGGAAAGAAUUCAUUGUUACAUUGAUUAUUUUUUAUUAUACCAAUCUCACAGGUUCACCCACAGCAAUGUGCAUUAAAAACAGCUGAAAACAG